UUGGCAACACCUUGGUGCAAAAAAUUGUGUAGGUCGCCGCCCGCGAACAGUUAAUAAGAAUAUAAAUUGUAUAAUUUAAUUAAGUGCUAUUUCGCCUAAGUCAAACUUAGAACCAAAUUACAGGCGUUAACCAGAGAUUUCUGCCAGAGAACAAAAUUUUUACACUUGUCGCACCUGCGGGGACUGGAAAAUCAAUCGCCCGACCCCUUCUGUUGUUCUGCUGGUGGUUCUGUGUGUGUGCUUGCAAAGCGGCUGCAGUAGUCUGGCAUUUAAUUAAAACUACAGCAGAGGCCAGCGGAAAGACUGGGAGUUAUCGUGGGGCAUUGGCUUUCACUUGAAGUCGCAGGCACCCAAAUACGGCUCGCUAGUGAAAGCUGGCAAAGAUUUCUUUGUUCCAGGUCGUUUAGACGCGAGCCAUGGCCGUUAGCUUUGAAAAGAAUCGGUCCCAGAUCGUGGCGGCAUGGAAGGAUGUGCUGGACGACAAAAGCGGUACUAACUGGUCCUUGUUCGGCUACGAGGGUCAGACCAACGAACUGAAGGUCGUGGGCACCGGCGACGGCGGAGUGGAGGAGCUGACGGAAGACCUUAACAGCGGCAAGAUAAUGUACGCUUUCGUCCGCAUAGAGGACCCGAAAACUGGCCUCAAAUACUUACUCAUCAACUGGCAGGGAGAGGGCGCACCAGUGCUACGCAAAGGCACUUGUGCCAACCACAUCCGUGACGUGGGCAACCUUCUUUCAGGGGCCCACCUGACUAUUAACGCCCGCAACGAGGAUGACAUCGACUUGGAACGGCUUCUCAAGAAAUUGAGCACUGUGAGCUCAGCUUACAGCUUUAAAGAGCCGCGUGGAGUCACAGAGGAACAGAAGGCGCCGGUUGGGACCAACUAUACCAGAGUCAUUCCCACCAAAGAGCUCAACGCCAGUGUCAUGCAGGACUUCUGGAAGAAGGAGGAAGCCGAGGAGAAGCGGCGUCUAGAGGCGGAGAAAGAAGCAAAGCGUAUGGAGUUGCAAAAGCUAGCUGAACAACGCAGCCGCGAAGAGAAGGAGCAUAAGGAGCGGGAAAAGUUGGUUAUAAGCAGCACCAAGCUCCAGCCGGCUCAUGUUCCCAUAAAAACCUCCCCGCAGCCACUUAGUCCGGAGAAGACUGCACCAGGGUUUGCCAAUAAUCUGACGGAUGCGGAGCGCAUGCGUCAGGCAAGGAACCAGGAAGCCCGCGAAUUGAUUGGCUCGCGUGGUGCUGCCAAGGCCAUGUUCACUAAGCACACCAGUGAGGGCCAACUUCAGUCCAAGCUCAACACGCAACCACCAGCGAAACCCGCACGCAACUCUAUUGCUCAGCGUAUAAACGUAUUUAACCAAAAUCAGCCUCAAGACGCAUCUGUGCCUUCACCACCACGCGCAGUAUCUCCCGCCCAACCACUGCCAGUGGAGACUCCUGCAUCAGUGGUUGCUGCCCCUGUGGCUGCCGAGGUUGUCUCGGCAAUUGCCGAGGUGGAGGAGACUCAACCGGUAGACGACUUACCGCUGGCUCACGAGAGCGAGCAGUUCUCGACCAUCAAGCGAUCGCCACACAGCAAAACAAACUCACUGCAAUCGCAGUCUCCCGAUGAGACAACGUCUUCUAAUGAAACCGACACGGCCGUGUACCAGGAGCAGGAGGAGGAAGUGCGCACCAAAGUGUCGGUCACAGUGCAGCAAUCUCAAUCGACGAAGACUAGCGGCCUUAGCACGUUAGAAAGAAAUGCCCUGACAGAUCUGGUGAACGAAGACGAUUUCAUUUGCCAAGAAAGCCUUGGCGAUUUGGGUCUGCGAGCUCGAGCUCUUUACGACUAUCAAGCUGCCGACGAGUCGGAGAUUACGUUUGAUCCGGGCGAUGUCAUUACACAUAUCGAUCAAAUCGAUGAGGGAUGGUGGCAGGGCCUGGGCCCUGAUGGAACCUAUGGACUGUUUCCGGCAAAUUAUGUCGAGAUAAUCAACUAGGCGAGUUUCCAAUUGCCAAGCAGCUGGGAAAUCUACACCAACAGCAGGUAGCUUCUAGCUUCUGCAUUUUAGAUCCGGACUAUAGCUACUUAAACACAUUGCCCGUACUACACACUCUUGAACAAUAAUGGGAUAAACCUAAGAGAUUCAACGAUGACUAUAUGCGACUAUAAGAUUUUUAUAGUACACGACGCGUCUGUUUUGUAUCAACAUACCCACAUAUAUAUACAUAUAUCGUAAUCGUAUACUCCCUGCCAACCAUUCAUUUGUUGUUCCCAUAUUUGUGUAUACAUACAUACUAUAUCAUUGUUUUGGCUUUGAUUGCAGAAGCCGUGUUGCGUCCUUUUAAAAUGUUCUUAAGAUAUCUAUUAUAUAGAGUUUCGCCACUCAGUCAGUAUUUAAGAUGCGCUCCAUCCCAGAUCCCGGGGCUUUUUGUAUACAUAUUGUAAUUGUAAUUUUAAUAUCGAUGAGAAUUAUAAAACCUUUCGAUAAUAAAUUUUGGUAAUUGUGCAACAAUAAAAA